AUGGCUCAACCGGAUACAUUUUCCUAUGGCCCCCAUGAAUUGCAGAAAGUCCAUGUCUACAGAGCGCAAGAAGGAGGUCAAGGUGCUUUAUGGGUGAUAUAUAUUCAUGGCGGAGCAUAUCGUGAUAAGGACAUCCUGGCAGAUUCAUUUUCAAAGACUUACGAGAUACUCAACAAACAUCCAAUGAUCCACAACAAUGUGGCUGCCUUUGCUUCCAUAGAUUAUCGUCUCAGUCCACACCCGAAUUCCCCCCAAGACCCGGUCAAAACUCCCAAGUCUCGACUUCGAAAUGCCAUGCAUCCGGAUCAUCUUAAUGAUGUCCAGGCCGCGCUCAAAGUAUUGCAAGAAAAAUACGCUUUCCAAGACCAAUACGUCCUGGUUGGUCACAGUGUUGGAGCCACAAUGUCGUUCCAGGCCGUCAUGAACAAGGUCCAAGGCGCAGAUCCGACCUCGAUAGCAUCUCCAAAACCCAGAGCCGUGGUUGGUGUGUGUGGAAUAUACGAUCUUCGGCUUAUUCGCAAUGAUUUUAAGGAAAUCCAAAUUUACGACGAAUUUCUCAAGGGUGCCUUGGGUCCAGAUGAGGAACUUUGGGAUCGAAUUAGCCCAGGGAAGGUCGCUGACUCUGAUGGUGUUGCUUCCGGGUGGCAGAAUGGCCAACUCGCAGUAUUAGCAAACUCAACUGGCGACUUGGUUGUCAAUAAACACCAGGCUGAUGUCAUGGUUAAAAUUCUUGAGCAAUGGAAGAGUCUUGUCGAAGGAAGGGACGUGGUUGAGCUUUACGACCUGCGAGAAGGGCAUGAUGAUGUUUGGCAGAAAGGCGAGGAGCUUGCUAAUGUUAUAAUCACUACGAUUAAGAGAUUGGCCAGGAAUAAGGACAUAGCAUGCUAA